AUGUCUGUCAUUGAAUAUAAUGAUUUGCUGUUCAAGGUAAGCCAGAGACUCAACGAGCUGAAUGUAGGUAAACGAUUGCUCGUUAUGUGCAGAGGGAAGGUGGCGCCUCGUAGCGAAGAACACCUACCAGAUGCCUUACAGUUGUUUUGGGAAUUACAGGAGAAGGAAUAUCUAGGACCUGAUAGACUGGGUGUAUUGAAAGAUGUCAUAGGAGGUUUAGAGGAAUGGUCUCUAUUAGAAAAUGUCGAAAAGUUUGAGACCAAAAGAAAGGAGUAUCAUGGUUUGCUUGAGCAGAUUAUUCAGGAACUCGAGCUAAAUGAUGUGGAACAGCUCGUCUCGAUUUGUAAAGGAAAGAUAUUAGACGAGAGGCAAGGCAACAUUCGGGAUGUUCGAUCAUUGUUUCAAGAACUGAAGAACAACAGCUGUCUGGAAAUUAAUCGUCUUGACAUCUUGAAGGAGAUUUUAAGACAAACGGACAAAAGAGACCUGCUUGAGAAGGUGAAAGAGUUCGAGGAACGAAGAAAUCGGGAACAUAAGUCUGAAAGGCGAGCAGGUGCUUAUUUAAGCCUCUUAAACCGUUAUUCGUUUUUUCAUUAUUUAGGUAAAUAAAAUCUAACCUUAUUAUUGGGUGAUGUAACCAAUUUUUUUUUUGGCUUGUUUGCUUUCAGCACGAUUAGCUGCCGUUGUUUCCUCGGCUAGCGGAACUCUAAAGGGAGGUAAGAUGUAAGAUGCAAAUUAAAUGUUUAGAUAGGAGAAGGUAAACAGGUCGCCACGAAAAACACUUUGGACUAAUGUUGCACAAUGCCGUUUGUUUUAGAUUACACUUUAACCCCGGUGAUACGUAUCGUAAAUUUGUGCCUGUAUCUUACUUAUUUCACUCCAAAUUUAGGAGGGUAAAUUGUGGUUCUGGCGAGAGUUUUCUUUGACGUGCAUGGCCAAGCAUGGCCAUGAAUAAACUCGCCCUUUUGUCCUGAUGUUCUAUCAGCGAAUGAGCCUGGAUACAGACUCUUAUCAAUUGUGACUAAAUAAAAUAGUUUUGUCAUAGUUCGUUUUAGAUUUAUUAUUGAAUAAAUAGUUCUUAUUUUUGAAAUAAAUGUAACUGCAAUAUCUAACAUGAAGCAUUUCGAUACCCCCCCAAAAAAAAGCAUUGAUUGCUUUUGCCUGUGUCUAGUGGAGUUUUCAAUUACUCUACUAAUCUAUUUUCUGUGAUCUUGAGACAAUCUUGAACCGAUUGCUACUUUGUAUGUUGCAGUUUUGACUAUCAAGACCGUAUUCAAGGUAGCCGCCGGAGGUAUUGUUAUUGCUUCCGCCUUUGAACUCCUGAGACGUGGUUCCAGUUAUGAUCAACUCGUCACUGCCAUUACUACUUGCGUUCUCCCUGCUGGUGCUAAACUAGUGCAGAUAACUGAAGGAAGUGUUAAUCUCAAAGUUCAAGCAGAGCACAUUUCAGCUCUGGACACUUUGUGGAGUUUGUACAAAGAUGGGACGCUUAAGGAAGGUCUGGAAGACUUAUUUAUCACCGAUGAGGUAACAGAAAUUGCUGAUGGAGAGCAAGUGGAAUUGAUUGUGACCAUCGAUGAACAAGAAUACAAUAAGGCCCGAAAAGAGUUAAGCAUGGAAGCACAAAGAGGUGAUUAAAGAACUUUUAUCAGUUCAAUUUAUUCUCAAAUACUUUCUGCUAGCUGCAGGUACUCAGGAUUUAGGAUAUGAAGGUCUGAAUGGAAAAUGGGGGAGGGUCCAUAUGGCGUUUGUACAUUCAAAUUCUCGGUCUUUGUUUGUUAAAAUGCAAAUUAACUAUUUCAAGAGAGAAUUAUUCUCUGUUAAUUACUUUCAUUCUUUAUUUACGUCACUUACACAGUUUAAAUUCUACACAAAGUGUAUAACUUGAAAUAAUUCAUUAUUUAGGACCUUGUUACUGACUUGAAUAGUCUGCCAUCUGACUAUUUAACAACAGAUUCAACCGCAACUUUUAAGGCUACCGUCUCUGACUACAUUUUUUUCCCUGUAAAUGCUUGUCCCUUCCUAUUUAUUGUAUUUCUAUUUUUGUUAUCAGUAGUAGCACUUUAUUUAUAGUCAAGGAGCUUGUGACUAUAUCUAUAAAAGACUUUGCAAGGUAAAUUAUGUAAAAUAAUGUAACAUGUUAAUUUUUACCGAAAACUACCGUUUACAAACCGUGGCUUCUACAUCUUCGUAAGGGGUUUGGGGGUUUAACAAAAAAGGGUGCCAACUUUCCUCACUUGCAGCCAGUGGCUGAAUUGCGGAGGAAUUAGAGUGGUGAGACCGGACGUCAGCAUGUAAAGGCGCAUUCUUGUAGCCACUUCAGUCCAUGUUUUGAUCACACCUCGCCCACCCAGACCGAUGGCGGCACAAGUCAGAUAGACCAUGACAUCGGGGCCUACGUCCCGUUCUCUUUUCAAGCAAUGCCACGAGUUCUUUACGUCCCCUUCCAACUGAAGUACAAGGAUGAAGAAGACAAGGCCAAUGGCUUAACGUCACCGCCCAAUGACCUUGGUUUGAUGGUAUGGCCGGGGUUUGAACUCACGACCUCCCGCUCAGUAGACGAAUUCAUUUUAAUACAUUUGGAGGGGGCUUUUAUCCGGGGGGCUCUUAUUCGGAUACAUAUAUUUUUUGUUUACAGGUAGAUGGACCUACGACUGGGGCGGGGGUCUUAUAUGGGGCCUACAUUUUCAUUUUUGAUUUGAUUUUCCCUCUACUUUCAUUUCCAUUUCAUUUGCACUUAGUUGAAUUUUAUUGUGUCGGAAGGUCCUGCUGAUGAGAGAGAGGAGUGGCAGGAGAAACUUGCUUACAUUCAGAGUUAUUUAGAGCAAUCCAAGGACGGUGAUUCACACAGCGUCACAACCGAAACAAGCGACAGUGGAAUGGCGGAAUCACGCGUUGCGCCAUCUGAGCCUGGAAUGGAAGAAACCAGCGGUAAGAUACUCUUUAUAUGAAUAAACUUUUCGGUCAAAACAUUUAUCUUGGACAAUCGGAACAACGAAUUUUUUCAGUUUUAUAUUUUUAUCAGAAACCUGGUUCCUUUUCAAGCGUCUGUUAAAAAACAAAACACCCGUGAGGCACGUCAUUUGACCAUCAUGAUCCCCACUAUACAGACUCGUAGUAAAUUGUUUUCAGUUAGUUUUGACAGUUAAUAGGAUCGACAAAAUUGCUUCUUGCAUUUUCAGCUCUUUUGUUCAUUUUCCUAGAUUCCAUUUUCAAUCUUUGUUUGAAAGAUGUGAGUAAAGCAGUGACAUCUGAACUGACAUGCAGACUUCGAACUGACCCGUUUGCUCUACAGCAAUUUUAUCAAUCAUUUGGGCUUGAUCCUGUGAAAUUGCUUCCCGAAAGCCUUGAAGAAUUCUUCCCCGACACCCCAAUCAAGCUGUUAAGAGACGUGUUUGAUGAGCUGCAGUUAUAUGACCUUGUAGAGUUGCUGGAAAAAGUAAAACCACGCACACUUCGUCCUGUCUUCCCCCUUAAAGAGAUCAGAAAGGCUCUAAAUGCCACAAAUCGCCCAACAAAGUUUUACAGCAAAGCAGAGGUUUUGAUUAUAAAGUUCUCUGAAAGUGUUGCUGCAGAUUACAAUGUGUUGAGUUUUAGAUCGUUUCUUAAAGCCUUAAAUCCAGAGAGUAACAUAACUACAGUUACUUCAGGGAAUUUGGCUGAAAGGUUAGGAACCUUAAAGGAAACAAAGAAGAUGGUGGAAGACGAAGACCGGAGAGCAAGCUCGAAAGAAACGAAGUUAAAGGAACUUUUAGACAAAAGGGUGCCAUUUAGCUGGUAUAAGCACAAAAGCCCAGAGCUGACGUUGUCAGUCGCCCGCAACAGCAAUGAGUACCUAUUGAAAGUGUUCUACAAAGAGGAGCAGGAAAUGAGAAAAGAACUAGAAAAUGUGAUAAAACAGAGAGAGCAGUGGACGCAAGUGAUAAAACCUAAGAUCGAGAGAGAGAUAAAACAAAAUGAGGAGGAACUACAAGGAGAGAAUGAGAAAUUCCAAAUGGCUGUUUGUGACGUCAUGGACAAAUGGAUUUGCCAAGCGAGCGAUGAAGGUUUGUUUAGCAGUAAGAGAGUGUUUGGCUCUAUACGUGUUUUUCAGAAGUGACUCCUCGUCUGGUUCUUUGCUGUUUUCCGGGAAGAGCAUGCGCACGAAACUCCCUAGUCCUGAUGGGCACUAUCGCGCCAAUAUUGCCACUGUAUACUAUUUCUCUAGGCCCCCUCUAUCACAAAAUCUUGCGUCCACCCCUGACAAUCACCUUUCGCCUGAAGGACGCUUUACUUUUAUGAACAACCCGAUAGUACGGAUAACAGCUAAAUUCCAAUACAUUAUUACGGACUCUCGCUGUUAUGAACCCUGGCUGCUGUCACAUCUGCGACGUAACUGAAGUUUAACUUAAGUUAGUGUCAAGUUACGUGAUGUCAUACCUAACUGUAGUUAGUGCUUUCGGUCGACAUUGCGGUCACACCACGCAGUUAACAACAGUUAGUUCUAAUUAGCCUAUGUAAAUUUUUUGUUUGUUGUUUUUGGUUUCUCCCUCGCUUCACGCUUGGUUUUUAUUUUGCAUAUUUAUAUAUACUCAUCUCGCACGUGCGAAAAGAAGUGUCACAUUCUGAUUGGUUGUUUGUUUGCAAACUUAAGACUAAGACCCUGUUUACAUGGAGUGGGGGACCCCGGUCUAGUGGGGUAAGUUUCUUUUGUUUUGUGUCCCCCAGAGCGUGAAAACAAAAGAAACUUAUCACACUAGACCGGGGUCCCCCACUCCAUGUAAACAGGGUCUAACUCACCAACCCUGCUUGGGUAUAACUAUAGUUAGUCUGUAUUGUUUUGGAUCACCGAGGCGUAAAUUUUCUAACUAUAGUCAGAGCGAACAGAGAAGCGGUCACAUCACCGAAAUAGCUAACUAUAGUUAUCCCCAUCUUAACUAUAGUUAGUAGUCCAGAUGUGACCGCAGCCACUAUCUCAUGGUGUUGAGGUCGUCCGCAUAGAAAGAGUUGUACACGUACUUCCAUACAAAGAUCUUGAACCCGGAAGGCCGCAGUUGACUUUCCUCUACCCCCACUUGAGAAAUUGGUGCUGAAAACAGUUCUUAAAAACACCUAGAGCGCGUUUGUUUCUCUUGUUUCAUUGAGUAAAGUGACUUCAAAUUAACCAAUCUUACAAAAAUGUAAGAAAAAUGGACCGUUUUAACAUUCUACUACCUACAUAUUUUUCCUCCUUAAGAUAUGUUUUUCGUGUAGCCAUUACGUCACACGAUGAUAGCUGUCGUAGCCUGUUCCAUGCUCCAAGAUAGUGAUGUAGGGUCAAUUUUAAUAAAGAGUUCUUCCAGUUUAAGCAUUUUCAAGUCGCCAAGAACACUUUAAUGGAUCAUGGACAACAACAAAUCACAGCGCGCGUAGCGUUCUAGUUCCAAUAUCGUCGCCUAUCAUUAAAAUAUUACUGUACUUACUUAGGAGGUGAAAAACAACAAUUCUUAAUCUCACAAUCCUGCUCUUGAAUUUGUUUCACGCAAAGAAAGCAUUUCAGGCUUCCAGAAAUUUGGUACCUACAGCAGCGCGAAUUUGUUGCCAUCAUCGAUUAUGGUUGAAUAGCGUAAUUUACUAACACUAAUACUCGUGUCCUCAUUAAGGCUGUCUAUCAGCGCACUCGAAAACUUUAACCUGGUCCAUUUCAUUUCUUUGUAGGUGAGGAAUCAACCUUGUAUGUCGUGCUUUUUAUGGAGAAUUUAACUAUCAGAUAUGAUGAAGUUAGAGAAUUGCUGAAGAGGACACGUGGAUGUCUGAGAGAAAAAUUCGCAUCCAUUCCAAACACAAAGCUAAUAAUCAGUUCCAAUACCUGGUCAAGUUGGGGCGAUGGAAAUAUUCCCCAGGAAACUCUUGAAGUACGCCUUGGUGAGAGUGAAAGAGACUUAAUCCUAGGCUUGAUAGUGGAACUACUUGACAAUCGCUGGCAGACAUUGGACCUAAUUUCGGUGUUCCGAGAAGUACAAAGGACUGUAUCUAUCAAGAAGACUUCCCAGCAUCAACAUUUUAACGGAAGGUUUUUCUGGUCUGAUAGUCGUACAUAUUUUGAUAUUUUUGAAAAUUUGUCUUGUCUUCCAAAACUUCAGAAGACGGAACAGGUCUCGAAGAAGUAAUUAUCAAGCACUCCACCAGCUCACCCCUACCCCCUUUCCCGCCUUUAGCUCCCUCGUCGCCCACCUCUUCUCUCUUAUGGUAAAGGACCCAUACUGAGCCAUGCCGUCACCAGCUCCAUGCAAUAAAAUGAGUAGAAUUAGCAGCAAC